GUGUUAAAUAUGCUCACUUCUAAAUACUUAGAGAGGAGAUGUUUGGUCUCAAAUGAAGACCUUGACUCAUCGCUACCACUCCAACCCCCUUUCGGGCUCCAACCACAGCUCUGUGGAAUCCAAGCAACACUAACCACACUAAGCAACGCUGGCAGACAGACAGACCGACACAGGACAGUUCAAAGAGACGGCAGAGAAUGGGUAUCUGAGUUUGGAGGUGAAGACUGUGAGAGUGUGUGAGACAGAACUGAUAGGGUGGGCACCCCAGGGAGAAGCCAGUGCUGGGGUACUCUUGGGAAAGUGCCAGGGGUUUGGGUGUUAUGGAAGUCCGGGCCCAUGAGGCAGUGUUUAUGUGCAUUCUUGGGGUGAGACAAGUGCUGGGGAUGGAGCUGUGGACACCUACCCAGGAGAUACACCCAUUAGGGCUUCCUACGUAGAAAGGACUGAGGCCAUGGGUUCUGGGCUGCGGGUGGAGAGUUCCACGGACAGGGGAAGACAGAAGCCUGGGCAGGGCCAAGGAUGGACGGUGGUGUUGCCGCCUCUUCCCUCCCACCCCAGGCUCAGGCUUCACUUCUUGUGAGGUCCCGGGCAACACCACCUGUCUUUUGCAUCACACCUCCAUUUUUAAACACUCUGCUAAGUUCCUGUCUGGUCCAGAGAAAGGUGGGACUACAACCCAGGAGUCCCUGCUUUGGGCUUUGGGAUUCUUGCUCCUUGGCGGCUAAGUAGCGAGCGCCCCAAGUAAGGAAGCUGAGACUCAGAGGUGGAACUGUGAAACCGGGCAAUCAGGGCUUCCCAGAGGCCAGGCCACUACUCUUGUUGGAAAGGCUCGGGGCCAGGAGGAGGGGGCUGCCCGAAGAGCGGGAGCCAGGCUGUGCCGCGCUUCUCCAGUACUGCAGAGUGCUCCCAAGCAGAGGUGACCCCCCCAGAGAGAGGAGUCCCCUGAUUCGAAGCCUGCGGGGCAAGUCCACGGGCUUCCCCUCGAGCGCUCGGGAGGGUGCAGGCAAGGCGGGAGGCGGGCGCUCGGGGGUGCGGCCCUCGGCUCCUGGGGGGCGCCCCGGAGGGGCUGGCUGGCCUUCUACUUCUCCCUCUGCAGACCGCCGGGCGGAUGGCGGGGCGACGGGCUGUGGCCGGGAUCGGGCCCGGGGCGCUGCUGGCUCUGCGUGCUCUGCUGGCCGCCGCGCACCCGCAGUGCCUGGACUUCAGGCCGCCCUUCCGGCCGCCGCAGCCGCUGAGCUUCUGCGCGCAGUACUCCUCCUUCGGCUGCUGCACCGCGGAGCAAGACGCGGCGCUGGCCCGGCGCUUCCGGGCCCUGGAGACCCGCUUGGACGCCGGGGUGUGGGCGACGUGUGCCGGCUACGCGCUGGAUCUGCUGUGCCAGGAAUGCUCACCCUAUGCAGCCCACCUCUAUGAUGCCGAGGAUCCGGCCACCCCGCUGCGGACAGUGCCUGGCCUAUGUGAGGAUUAUUGCCUGGACAUGUGGCAGACCUGCCGAGGCCUUUUUCGACACCUCUCCCCUGACCGUGAGCUCUGGGCCCUGGAGAACCACAGGGCCAAGUUGUGCCGCUACCUGUCCCUAGAUGACACCGAUUACUGUUUCCCAAGCCUGCUUGUCAACGAGAACCUGAACUCAAACCUGGGCCGUGUGGUGGCUGAUGCCAAAGGCUGCCUGCAGCUGUGUCUGGAGGAGGUGGCCAAUGGGCUUCGAAACCCUGUUGCCAUGGUACACGCUGGGGAUGGCAGCCACCGCUUCUUCGUGGCAGAGCAGGUGGGGCUGGUGUGGACCUACCUGCCUGACCUCUCUCGCCUGGAGAAGCCCUUCCUGAAUGUGAGCCAAGCAGUGCUUACAUCACCCUGGGAAGGGGAUGAGCGGGGCUUCCUGGGCCUCGCCUUCCACCCCCACUUCCCACAUCCCAGCAAGCUCUAUGUCUACUACUCUGUGGGGGUCGGCUUCCGAGAGUGGAUCCGUAUCAGCGAGUUCAGAGUCUCAGAGGAUGAUGCGAACACCGUGGAUCAUGGCUCAGAGAGGAUCAUCCUGGAGAUUGAAGAACCAGCUGCCAAUCACAAUGGGGGCCAGCUGCUCUUUGGGGACGACGGCUACCUCUACAUCUUUACCGGAGAUGGCGGGAUGGCUGGAGACCCCUUUGGGACGUUUGGAAAUGCGCAAAACAAGUCGGCGCUGCUGGGCAAGGUGCUGCGCAUCGACGUGGACCGCAAGGAGCGCGGCCUCCUCUACGGUAUCCCGCCUGACAACCCGUUUGUGGACGACCCCGGAGCGCGGCCCGAGGUCUACGCCCUGGGCGUGCGCAACAUGUGGCGCUGCUCCUUCGACCGCGGAGACCCGGUGUCAGGCACUGGCCGGGGCCGCCUGUUCUGUGGGGACGUGGGCCAGAACAAGUACGAGGAGGUGGACCUGGUGGAGCGGGGCCGCAACUACGGUUGGCGUGCUCGCGAGGGCUUCGAGUGCUAUGACCGCAAGCUGUGUGCCAACGCCUCCCUCGAUGAUGUGCUGCCGAUUUUCGCCUACCCUCACAAGCUGGGCAAAUCAGUCACUGGGGGUUACGUGUACCGGGGCUGCGGGUACCCCAACCUCAACGGCCUCUACAUUUUUGGUGAUUUCAUGAGUGGGAGACUGAUGUCCCUCCGAGAGAACCCAGAGACAGGCCAGUGGAAGUACAGUGAGGUCUGCAUGGGCCGUGGACAGACAUGUGCUUUCCCAGGCCUCAUAAACAACUACUAUCCAUAUAUCAUCUCCUUUGCAGAGGAUGAGGCUGGGGAGCUGUACUUCAUGUCCACGGGCGUGCCCAGUGCCACCGCUGCGCGAGGAGUCAUCUACAAAGUGAUAGACCCCUCCAGACGGGCACCUCCAGGGAAGUGUAAGAUACACCCUGCUCAGGUGAAGGUGAAGAGCCGCCCCAUCCCCUUUGUGCCCAAGGAAAGGUUUCUCUGUGUAGCCCUGACUGUACUGGGACUCACUCUGAAGCUAUUGCUAGCUUCCAUCUUUGUGGCCUCUGCGAGGACAGGAAGCAAGUUCAUCCGGACGCCAGAGAGCAUUCCUCGCCCCACGGCCCGCGCCCCCACCAAGGCGCCCCGCCGCAGGCGCCCCACGGCCGAUGCCCAGGCGCCUACUAUACGGCCCACAAAGCCAGCACGGCCCAGCCGGAGACCAGGGGGCCGGAAGGGAGGCGGGCGACGGCGGGGACGUCCGAGCACUGCAGUCCCUGCGCCCCAGAACGGCUCGGUGCGUCUGGUACGGCCCGCUGGCUUGAGCCCCGGCCGCGGUCGCGUGGAAGUGUUCGUAGGAGGACACUGGGGUACAGUGUGCGACGACGCCUGGGACACCAAGGCGGCUGCUGUGGUGUGUCGCCAGCUGGGCUUUGCGCACGCGGUGCGAGCGGCCAAGCGUGCGGAGUUCGGCGAGGGCCGCUCGCUACCGAUUUUGCUGGACGAUGUGCGCUGCACGGGCAGUGAACGCAACCUGCUGGAGUGCGCGCACGCUGGCGUGGGCACGCAUAAUUGCAAGCACGAAGAGGAUGCUGGCGUCGAGUGCAGCCACCAAGACCCGGACCUGUAGCCUGGCCUUGCCUGCCUGGCUGUGCCACUCUGCGAGGAUGGAGCCUGGAAUGGCCCCUUCGGCUUGCGGGCACGCCGUGAGGUGGUUCAUCUGCACGUGACCUCUGUGUCCCCGUGUGUGUGUGUGUGUGUGUGUGUGUGUGUGUGUGUGUGUGUUUGUGUAAGAUCUCUUACCUCUCAGCACUUCAGAGAGGGCAGUGACUCUUCAGGAACUGCACCGGGUGGGGGAGGCUGGCUGCCUUUACAGUGUGAGACUGAGGGCCAGGGCUGAGUGACAGGCUCCAGACCAGCAGGAGCGUGGUCUGAGAAACACGGUCAGAGUGUGGGCAGGUGACCCAGCAGUCCGAGGCACCGCAGAAAAAGAACAGGCAGUCUGAGAGCCACAGAGAAGGAUCUUAUAGGGUCAGGGGGCCUGUGGCCAUUUGCAGCCCAUCAGGGACCAGGCUGCUGAAAGGAAUCAAGCGCCCAUGAGGGAAGGCAGACCAGAGGGCCUGGAGGACCUCGAAGGCCACUUGCUGUGCCCUGCAAGCACCCUGGAGAGGCUCCUGGGUCCCCUCCGUCCCUGAAGCCUGACCCUCACCUAUUCCUGAGACAGAAGCACCCCUGGGCUCACACUCAGUCCCUUCAGCCUUUGGGCUCCAGCUGGGGGUGGGGCUCUACUUUCAUCCUCUACUGUCUCUAUCACCUCCGAGGGGAUCCUCAGCUUCCGGGGGCCCAUCUAUGGGCUGAGAAGCCUGCAGGACCUCAAGACCACUCAUCACGGCUGUGUCAACAAUUGGACUAUUUGCAAUCCUUCCCUCCCUCCUCUUACCAUCUGCCACACACCUGGAAGCUGGGAUGCAAGGUGAAGGAGCAGAGGAAAGAGGGUGGGGCCUGCAGCUUCCCUCCCACUCUGUGGGAAGAGAGUUCCCUGCUCUUGGAAGGCCUCACCGGUGGCUCUGUGCCUGGCCCCUGGAGGGAGCUCAGGAUAGCUGUAACUUAGCUUCAGAUAGGGGUGGGUCUAGGGAAACAAAUGAGUCACCAGGCAGGGAGGACAGGAUGUGGCCUGUGUCAGACAGUUGUGGCCAGGGCUCUGGGUGAGGCUCGUGGCCCAACCUUUGCAGGAAAAAGCCAUUCCUGACUGAGUUCUGAUCUGAACAGGCCUGGUGGUGUUCCAAGCAGAGGAACUGGUGCAGACUCGACUUCUGCUCCUGUUCCCUGCAGUUGAGAGGAUCACUGCUGAGAGGGAGCUGGAGGGUCACCCUGGCUGCUCUGCAGCUCUGGAUGCUGGUGGUUCUCUGAAAUCAAUAAGAAAGUCCCUGAACCGUUAAGGAAAUAACAGAAAAGGAAAAUAUCGCUUCCUGGAGCAAAGCUGUGCAGCCACGAGGCCGGGGAGCCAGGGGAGCCUGUCUUUGCAGGGCAGUUCCAGGAGGGGUGCAGAGUCUCUACAGUCUAGUCUGUUAUUGCUAGGAGGGAGGAGCUUGGGCGUGGAGGACAGUAUGCUGAGCAGGUGCACUCGGUCUGUCAGGAUUAGCUGAGAAGGUUCUUUUAACCUUCAACUCCUAAGUCACCUGUGUCCACCUCUUUUUUUUGUUUUUGGUUUGUUUGCUUUGGUUUUUUGAGACAGGGUUUCUCUGUAUAGCCCUGGCUGUCCUGGAACUUGCUCACUAGACCAGGCUGGCCUCGAACUCAGAGAUCUGCCUGCUUCUGUUUCCCUAGCGCUGGGAUUAAAGGCGUGCACCACUGCCGCCCAGCUCUGUGUCCACCUCUCACACACAUUAGACUAGAAGGUGGUUCUAGUGCUGUGUGGCCCGAGGACAGCCAGUCACUUAACUUCUCUGAGCCUCGUGGGGAAAAGGAGGUAAUAAGAUUUCUGGACUUAAGGUAGCAUUACAGAUGUAACCAAUGCACUCCGUGAAUCUUCUGAACAGAAAGCUCAGUCCUGAUUUGGUGACAUCCAUGCUGGCCGCUGCCAACUGUGUUGGGGGGGCAUACCAUAUGGAGGGACCAGCAUCGGGGCGACAUAGAAACAAGCAAAAUGAGAGGAGCAAGCCCCUUCAAGCUAACAUGGAGAACCCCAGUCUUCCAGCUGGGUGUCUGGCCUCUCCCCCACUUCUGUGUGAGGAACCAGCCGGCCUUGAUGCAGAUCUUACUGCUUCAAGGGUGUCAGUUCCCUUCACCCGAGGGGGAGGGCAGCACUCCCAACGUUACCAUCCCCGUGGCGGCUAUAAAUUGGUGUCCAGGGCUCUUCUCAGUGUCUCCCCAUCCCUGUCCUUCCUCAGUGGCUCCCUCAUCCCUGUCCUUCCUCAGUGUCUCCCUCAUCCCUGUCUUCCUCAGGCAGUGUCUCCCUCAUCCCUGUCCUUCCUCAGGCAGUAUCUCCCUCAUCCCUGUCCGUCCUCAGGCAGUGUCUCCCUCAUCCCUGUCCUUCCUCAGGCAGUGUCUCCCUCAUCCCUGUCCUUCCUCAGGCAGUGUCUCCCUCAUCCCUGUCCUUCUUCAGGCAGUGGCUCCAGAUCCACCUUUGCUACAUCUCCCCAAUGGUUCCUGCUGGGAAGUGGUACUCUAUUGGGAGAUGUUUUGACUAGUUUUUAUGUCAGCUUAACACUAGCUAGAGUCCUUUGAGAAGUGGGAACUCAGUUGAGAAAAUGUGCCUACCACACUGGCAUGUGGGAAAGCCUGUGGGGGCGUCUCCUUGAUUAAUGAUUGAUGUGAGAGGAUCAUAGCCCAUUGUGGGUGGUGCCACCCCUGGGCGGGUGGUCCUGGUGGUCCUGGAUGGUGUAAGAAAGCAGGCUGAACCAACCAUGGAGGAGCAAGCCAAUAAGUGGUGUUCCCCCAUGGUCUCUGUAUCAGUUCCUGCCUCCAGGUUCCUGAUUUGAGUUCUUGCCCUGACUUCCCUGGAUGAUGGACUACGAGAUAUAAACUUAAAUAAACCCUUUUCUCCCCAA